GGUUACGAGAGGAUAGAAGAGGAAAGAGAAAUUCCCUCCAAAAACCCCAACUGUGAGAGAGAGAGAGAGAGCCCUCAAAACCCCAACACAAUGGCCACUGACCCGAUCCCACCGUACACCGUCCAUCACACCCUCACUGGCCACAAGCGCGCAAUCUCAGCCGUGAAAUUCUCCCCCAACGGCUCCCUCCUGGCAUCCUCCUCGGCGGACAAGACCCUCCGCAUCUACUCCUCCACCUCCUCUUCCUCCUCCUCCGACGCCCCUUCCCUCCUCGCCGACCUCCACGGCCACACCGAAGGCGUCUCGGACUUCGCCUUCUCCUCCGACUCCCGCUACGUCUGCUCCGCCUCCGAUGACAAGACCCUCCGCAUCUGGGACGUUCAAGCCGGUGGGGCCCACGUCAAGACCCUCCAGGGCCACACCAACUACGUCUUCUGUGUCAAUUUCAACCCCCAGUCUAACAUGAUUGUCUCCGGCUCCUUCGACGAGACCGUCCGCAUCUGGGACGUCAAGUCCGGCAAGUGCCUCAAGGUCCUUCCAGCUCACUCCGACCCCGUCACUGCUGUCGACUUCAACCGUGACGGCUCCCUCAUUGUCUCCAGCUCCUACGAUGGGCUCUGCCGGAUCUGGGACGCAUCCACUGGGCACUGCAUGAAGACGCUGAUCGACGAUGAGAACCCGCCUGUCUCAUUCGUGAAGUUCUCGCCGAAUGGGAAGUUCAUUCUUGCUGGGACAUUGGAUAAUACGUUGAGGCUAUGGAACUUCUCAACCGGGAAGUUUUUGAAGACAUACACUGGCCACGUUAAUUCGAAAUACUGCAUUUCAUCUACAUUUUCAAUAACAAAUGGGAAAUAUAUUGCGAGUGGUUCGGAGGAUAACUGUGUCUACUUGUGGGACCUUCAGAGCAGAAAAAUAGUGCAGAAGUUGGAAGGUCACACUGAUACCGUCAUCUCUGUUUCAUGUCAUCCUACCGAGAACAAGAUUGCAUCAGGUGCGCUGGGCAAUGACAAGACGGUGAAGAUCUGGGUUCAGGACACAGACUGAUUUGUUUUGCCGGGAACGCUUCUCGCCUUUGCAAUGUGGUCAGUCUGCUUGGUACUUCUCUUCUAUCUUUCAAGCUUUUUGCACUCCGGAAAUUUCUUACAUGAAGAAGCAUGUCUUGGACAGAUUGUAGGAACGUUCAAGUAGAAAUGCUUCUGAUUUUUGUAACUCUCUCACUCACUGUUCUGAAGAGGUGUAGGUGUGGGAUGGUAUGCAGCAAGUGGGCCGUACGACUUCUGCUACUUUUUUAAAGUUUUAACAUAUUGAGAUGUUGCCUCAUCUGUACUGUUCGACAAUUAUUAUACUACAUGAUAGGUCUACGGUCCUGCCAAUGGGCCAUUCAACCAGAACCGGCCGUUGGGUUUAAUCCAAAAGCCAUUUGUGUGGA